AUGGCUAUCAACGGUCUGAACGGCUCGAAUGGCACCAAUGGCCAUGGCGAAAUCGGCUUUGACCUCCGCGGUGUGUCCCCCGCCGCCGUCACCCCCUUCACUCCCGAAGGCGCCAUCGACUUUGAUGCCAUCGACCGGAUCGGCAAGUUCUUCCUCGGCGUCCCCAAUAUGAAGUCCAUCCUCGUCCUCGGUCACGCCGGCGAGGGAACGGCGCUCACGCAAGAGGAGAAGGUGCAGUUGAUCAAGGCGUUUGUCAAGGCGGUAGAGGGGCGGAUUCCCAUCAUUGCGGGCAUCACCUCGGAGGGGAGCUAUGUGGCGGGGAUCGAGGCGAAGGCGGCGAAAGAUGCAGGGGCUUCAGCGGGUCUCGUCUACCCCUCCCACGGCUGGCUCCGAUUCGGCUAUCAGAAGGGCGCCCCCCAGCAGCGGUACCAGGACAUCUGGAACGCCUCUCACCUCCCCCUCAUCCUCUUCCAAUAUCCCCAGGCCACCAAAGCCACCCUCGACCUCCAGACCCAGCUCGACAUCCUCUCUCAGCCUUACGUCUUUGCGCUCAAGAACGGCGUCCGUGACAUGACCCGCUGGGACACGGAGGUCCCCAUCCUUCGCAAGCGGUGCCCCGGCAAACCCAUCCUCACUUGUCACGACGAGUACCUCAUCCACACCUCCUGGACCUGCGACGGCUACCUCGUCGGUUACGGUCAGAUCGUCCCCGAGGCUAUGCAGGAGCUCCUCGACGCAUGCCUGGCCAAGGACGUGGACAAGGCGUACGAGGUCCACAACCGCCUCAUGCCCCUCACCAAGGUCGUCUACCACCGUCCGAGCCACAUGGAGGGAACUAUCGCGCUCAAGCACGGCCUCAUCUCCCGCGGUAUUCUCUCACACGCUACCGUCCGAGGUCCCCUUCUCCCCCUUCCCAAAGGCGCUCAUGAUGAUGUACACGCGGCGAUGCAGGCGGCAGGGGUGGUGUAG